CGGCGCGGGGUGGGCCAUACGGGGUAUUUAAAGGGCAGUGGUGGCGGCAGCUGGAGCCACUCGCAGGGGAAGCCGGGACGGUGCGGGAACAGAUCUUCAGCAACACUGUUCUAGUCAGAAAAUGUCCACACUUGAAACUGUCUUUAAAUACAUUGAUGAACACCAGGACCUCUAUGUUCAGCGCCUGGCUGAGUGGGUGGCAAUCCAGAGCGUGUCAGCAUGGCCGGAGAAGAGGGGUGAAAUCAAACGCAUGAUGGAGGUUGCUGCAAGGGAUAUUGAGCGACUGGGAGGCACAACGCAACUUAUGGAUAUUGGGAAACAAAAGCUGCCUGAUGGAUCAGAGAUCCCUCUACCACCAAUUGUUCUGGGAACACUUGGCACAGAUCCACGCAAAAAGACAGUGUGUGUAUAUGGUCACCUGGAUGUUCAGCCAGCAGCACUAGAGGAUGGCUGGGAUAGUGAGCCCUUCACACUGGUAGAAAGAGAUGGAAAGUUGUAUGGGAGAGGAUCAACAGAUGACAAAGGUCCAGUGCUUGCCUGGCUGAAUGCCUUGGAGGCUUAUCAACAAACUAACCAGGACUUUCCAGUAAAUAUUAAGUUCUGCCUAGAGGGUAUGGAAGAAUCAGGAUCUGAAGGCCUUGAUGAACUGAUUUUUGCUCAGCGAGAUACUUUCUUCAAAGAUGUGGAUUAUGUGUGCAUUUCUGACAACUACUGGCUAGGCAAGAAGAAGCCUUGUAUCACUUAUGGCUUGAGGGGCAUCUGCUACUACUUCAUAGAAGUGGAAUGUUGUGACAAAGACCUUCACUCUGGCGUUUACGGUGGUUCAGUACAUGAGGCCAUGACAGAUCUCAUUGCUUUAAUGGGUUGUCUUGUAGACAAGAAAGGGAAAAUCCUCAUCCCAGGUGUUAAUGAAGCAGUGGCACCUGUUACUGAUGAGGAGCUGGCGUUAUAUGAGAAGAUUGAUUUUGACCUGACAGAAUAUGCAAAAGAUGUAGGAGCAACAAGACUCCUGCAUGAUACAAAGAGAGAUAUCCUUAUGCAUAGGUGGAGAUACCCUUCAUUGUCUCUCCACGGAAUUGAAGGAGCCUUCUCAGCCUCUGGAGCCAAGACUGUUGUUCCUAGGAAAGUGAUUGGCAAGUUCUCAAUCAGGCUUGUGCCAAACAUGACUCCUGAAGAAGUCACAAAACAUGUUAAAGACUACUUGAACAAAAAGUUUGCGGAACUGCAGAGUCCCAACAAAUUCAAAGUGUACUUAGGCCAUGGUGGAAAACCCUGGGUGUCAGACUUCAACCAUCCCCACUACAUGGCUGGUAGGAGGGCCAUGAAGACAGUUUUUGGAGUUGAACCAGACCUGACAAGGGAGGGAGGAAGCAUUCCUGUUACGCUUACUUUUCAAGAAGCAACAGGCAAGAAUGUCAUGCUGCUUCCUGUUGGAGCUGCAGAUGAUGGUGCCCACUCUCAAAAUGAGAAGCUAAAUAGGUACAACUACAUCCAGGGGGUGAAGAUGCUUGGUGCAUAUCUCUAUGAGGUUUCCCAGCUGAAGGACUAAAUUAGACACCUUACCUUAUGGUUUAUGGAUCAGAAGUGUGAAUUUUCUUACAAAAUGUCAUCAAUCGCCAGAGUUACAUGGCUCCCCUUUUCCACGAACACUCCACCACCACUGCUUUGGUGGAGGAGAGGGAAGCAUGCAGUUCCAUUUGACGAACAUGUGUACCAAAAAUACUUCUUUAAAUGCUUACUUUAAAUUACGAGACUAUUCCUUGUCUGGUCAGCAGUCCUGAGCUGCAUCUGGGUCUCCUCUGUAUCACUUCAGUUUGCUAUAUUCAUCUACUUUUCCUGUAAAGCAAGAGGAAUGGUUUGUUCUCAACAGUUUAAGCAGCCAUAGCAGUUGCAGAACUGCCAGCUAAAUUUAAGGCUCUUAUUCCUGGGUGUGUCCUGGAAGUAAGUAGUCAGUGACAGAUAAUGGGGCUACACUGGAAUGUGUUAAAACUGUAGUGAGACACCUGUCUUUGCUAACUGAGUGAUUUGGAAGAGCACUUUGUCUCUUGCAGUUUGUCUCUGCCUGUCUGCAGGUUUCAAUUUACAGUGAAUCAGGGUAUAACAAAUUUCACUGUGGUAACAACUGCUGGCCAUUUUUGUAAAGCUGCCUUUGUACUACCAAAAAAGGAUAAUAAAUAAUCAUGCUAUA